CUUCUGUGAAAGAGACGGGAUAAAUUUAAACGGAAACAAAUCAAAUAUUCAGGGGUUGGAAAAGGGGAAGGCGGGCGGGCUCUUGACCGAGAUAUGAGGUGCUUGGGGCUCAUGAUCAAAUCAUGGUGCUGUUGGGGGAGGGGACUCAUGCUCAACAAAUCAAGUAUGAGGUGCUUGCAGGAGGUGUGGGCAAGCUAAUUUUUUUUUGAGUUUGACAGGUCUGACCACCUCGGGCUCAGGUCACAUGUUUACAAAAUUUACAAUAUUUAUAUAUAGUAUAUGGGUUAGUCCCAGGCCAAAUCAUCAUGAUCCCCAACAUACACAUGCUAUGACCUAAUAUAUCAUUUUAAUUUUUGGUCAUGCUAUGACCUAAUAUAUCAUUUUAAUUUUUGGUCAUGAGAUGCGGCAGGAGGUGUGGGAAAGGUAACUUUUUUUUUGUUGUUGUUGAGUGUUUGACAAGUCUGACCACCUGAGAUCUUAGGGCUCAGGUCACAAGUUUACAACAUUUGUAAUAUGUGUAUAUACUAUAUGAGUCGAGUAUACUAUAUGAGUCGAGUUCAGGUAGGAAGUUUAUGAUAUUUGCAAUAUGUACAUAUAUUAUAUGAGUCGAGUUCAGGUGGGAUACGGAUCACCCGCAUGUAUGCGGGAUCGAACAUAUCAUUUUUGGAUCGUUGAAUAAAUAUCCGGCGGUCAGGAUUAUAACAAUUUUUUUAACAUAUUUUAAGGAUUAUAAUAUUUUGGGUAUUCAUAAUACUUUAACCGCUAAAUUAUUGGGAAAGUGUAAAAGUGUGUAUAACCAAUUGCAUGAAUUGGGGGUUUCUAACAUUCUGAUUAAGCAGAAAAGGUUGACUUGUGGCAAAUAGAUAUGGAGACGUGAUUUACGUAACAAUAUAUCUGCAUGCAUGAAUCCAUAAAGAAAGAGAAAGAUAUGUAGGCCUAAAAUGAAGCACAAGCAUGCAAUUUCAUAAUCUCCACCCUCUGUCUCUGAUUCAUUUCUCAGCAACACCAACAACAGCUAGCACUUGAUUUCUAUUGCAUUCUCUUUCUCAAAACCAUCGAUUUUAUCACAUAUUUCUGCACCUAAACUUGAUGUAUUCAAUCGUAAGACAAUGUUUUAUGAGACAUAAUAUGUCUGUUAGCUCUGAUUCAUGGAUUUUUCUAUGAAACGCAAGUCGGAUGGGCGUAACUCGGAACACCACCACGACUUGAGCCUCGAGCACCUCCCCAUUCUCGCCAAUCACCGUGGCUCGUCCUCUGCCCCCUCCUCCCCCUCCUACUCCUCCUCCUCCCCCUCCUCCAGCUCUGAAGAACACGGAGAAAUCAUUGUGGAUAUAGACGCUUCAUCCUCUGAGCCUAAGGCUCCCUCCAACGACCCGUCUUUGUGGCGCCAAUCGAGCUAUGAAUUUUGGACGGAUCAGAAAGUAGGAGACGAUACCGUAGAAGAACAACCAAUGGCUGACUUGGAGAAGAAUCAGUCUGCGUCUGCAGGCCGUCCUCCUCGUAUCAUGGAGAAUAAUCGCUCUAAAGUCUCGUUUCAAACGCCUUCUAGAAAGUUCUCCGAAGAUGAAAAUGAUAACCCUCGCAGCAACACGCCAGGGGCAGCCGAAGACAGUGUGUCGGGUCACUGCUACUCCAGAAGACUGCCAUCAAAUGCAGGCGGUGACCGCGAUGAGGUGAUCAAAUGCACUUCUUUUCAGAAGAGGCCUAGUUUCUUAUUGUCAACCAAAACUGUCUCCAGGCUUAGUGACCCGCCUGUGUCUGACCGGAGGACUGAUCGCGUGCCUGCAUCAGGGCCUCUCAAGUCGGGUAAGGUUUCUGGAAUGCUUGAGAAAGUGCCCGGUAUAGAUGAUGACGACGACGAUGAUGACAUAUUACUUGAUGAUGUGCCUUCUGACGAUUUCAAGACAGCCAAGCUUGACGCUUUGACGUUAUUACAGUGGAUUAGUCUAUUCACGAUUGUGAGCCUUUUCAUCUGUAGUCUUGUGAUUCCCAAAUGGAAGCGGGCAGAAUUUCGGGGACUGGAGUUAUGGAAAUGGGAGGUCUUGGUGCUUGUUUUGAUCUGUGGUAGACUGGUUUCAGGGUGGGGGAUUAGAAUCAUUGUCUUCUUUUUCGAGAGAAAUUUUAUGCUGCGGAAACGAGUUCUGUAUUUUGUUUAUGGUCUACGGAAGGCUGUGCAGAAUUGUAUAUGGUUAGGUCUGGUUUUGAUAGCCUGGCAGUGUUUCUUUGACCAGAAGAUUGAAGGUAAUAAUGAAUUCUUGUGGUUUAUCAACAAGUUGAUGUGGUGUAUGUUGACAGCUACGUUGCUUUGGCUACUGAAGACUCUGAUGGUUAAGGUCCUUGCUUCUUCGUUCCAUGUGAGCACCUUCUUUGAUCGGAUUCAGGACUCGUUGUUUAAUCAGUAUGUGAUUGAGAUGUUAUCAGGGCCGCCUCUUAUAGAGUUGCAGAACAAUCAAGAUGAGGACGAGAGGACGAUGAUUGAAAUCUCAAAGCUCCAGAGUGCAGGGGCUACUCUGCCCCCUGAUCUGAGAUCAGCCAUUCCAUCCCCAGCAGCAAAGAGUGGCAGAGGAUCCCAAACCCCUGGUAGAUCGGAAACUGAUAGCAAAAAGUUUUCAGGGGCAUUGACGAUUAAUAGUAAGAGACAGGAGGAAACCAUAACAAUAGAUCAUUUGCAUAAGCUGAACCCCAAGAACAUCUCUGCCUGGAACAUGAAAAGGUUGAUGAAUUUAGUCCGACAUGGCUCUCUUUGUACCCUCGAUGAGCAGAUACAGGAUCUCACGAAUGAGGAUGAUAAUAAUAAGCAGAUCACAAGUGAAUAUGAGGCUAAACUUGCAGCAAGGAAGAUAUUUAAAAACGUGGCAAGGCCGCGGUCCAAGUACAUCUACAUGAGUGACUUACUGCGUUUUUUGGGAGAGGAAGAGGCGAUGAAGGCUAUGGCUAUACUAGAAGGAUCAUCUGAUUCUGACAGAAUAAGCAAGAAAGAUCUCAAGAACUGGGUGGUGAAUGCAUUUAGAGAACGAAGAGCACUGGCCUUGACGCUUAAUGAUACAAAAACAGCCGUAAACAAACUUCAUCAUAUGGUGAAUGUAUUAGUUGGAGUUAUCAUCUUCAUUAUCUGCAUUCUGAUACUGGGACUUGCUUCCACGCAAUUUUUGCUCGCGGUCAGCUCUCAGAUAGUUGUUGUGACAUUUAUAUUUGGAAAUACCUGCAAGACUGUAUUUGAAGCUAUCAUCUUCUUGUUUGUGAUUCACCCUUUUGAUGUUGGGGAUCGUUGUGAAAUUGGUGGAACUCAGAUGAUUGUUGAAGAAAUGAACAUUCUGACUACAGUAUUCUUAAGAUAUGACAGCCAGAAAAUUAUAUAUCCAAAUAGUACUCUCUCAACAAUUCCUAUUCAUAACUACUACCGGAGUCCGGACAUGGAUGAUGCAAUUGAUUUUUACCUUCAUAUCGCUACCCCGAUAGAGAAGAUCAAUUUGAUGAAGCAGAAAAUUUUGAGGUACACUGCUGAAAAAGUCAUAAUGCUCAUUAUGUCUAAACAGAUACAACUUACAGAGUUUCUUAACUCUUGCAGUUACAUCGAAAACAAGAAGGACCACUGGUACCCGAAUGCCAUACUUGUAACGCGGGACACUGAUCAGUUGAACAGGAUUAGAAUGUCUUUAUGGCCAACACAUAAAAUGAAUCACCAAAACAUGAUUGAGAGAUAUAACCGGAGAUCUCUCCUCGUGGAAGAGAUACUUAAAACCGUCAAAGAACUGGGAAUCGAGUAUCAGCUGUAUCCCCUUGACAUCAAUGUCAAAAACAUGGCCGAUAUCACCUCCACAAGAAUGCCCUCUACUUGGACAAGUCCUUCUUGAGAAGAUCACCACUGAGUUCCUGCAAAAAAUGUAGAUAAAUUUUCAAACUUCUGUGGAAUGCAGAAUGAGAGAAUUUAUAAUGUAAAAUGUUGAACACGGCGACAUAAUCUUCUACUUGGCAUGGGUGGAUUUAAAUCAAAAAUCAUCUGCAGAAACUUUUGAUAGUCUAUAGGAGCGACUACUGCAAUCCUACAAAGGAGCAUUGUAGAGAGUCCAUGUAGCUAGCAUCUUUAGUAAAGUCGCUCUCAAGGAUAUGUAGUACCAUGACA